CCGUAAAUUCAAUAUUCCCGCCGUUUUUGCCACCAUUUGAUUGGCGUGGAAAGUAGUGACCUGAUUUGUUUUCAUCCUUUUCAGCAGUUUUCACGAUUCACGAAUCACGAAAAGAAAUAAGUAAACACUAGAAUGCCGGUAAAUACUGCUGCGUCGCGAAAAUCAAAGAAUUUCAGGAAACAUUAUUAAAAACUUGUUAAUUCUUAAAAAGUCAAUUAAAAAAGUGAUACUGUGUAUCUUUUUUAAAAAAUGUUUGAAUGUACCUAAUGUAUAAUAACUAUGUCAGUAUUUCCAUAUUAACUUUUCUCCUAAGUAUAUAGAAGCUAUACAUAGGAGUAUAGGAGUCUCCUAGAGGGAACACCCAGAUCUACUAGCAGUUAAAUAGUACCUAUAUCUGUGAUAAUAAUUACCAAUAAUUAAUAAUUUUAAAAUGCGAGAAACAAACGAGGAAGGUGACCAGAAAAGAAGUGACCAGCUGAAGUGUCCACCACUAGUACGUAAACAGAGUACAAGAAAAACUUUUAGAGAUCCUAACAAAGAAAAACCCAAACCAGCAUAUGUGAAUACUAUUGUGGAACUAAAUUCACAUUAUGAUACGACAUUGGAAACUUCCUAUUUUAAUCAGAUAUACCCUUCACAUAGUUAUAUAGGAGAGGGUAGUUUUGGACUGGUUUUUAAAGGAAGAAAUAAAUUUGACCAAAGGACCUAUGCAAUUAAAAAACUAAAAAGCACAACAAGUACCAGAGAAAGGUAUGCAGAGAUUAAUAAUAAUGAGAAGGUAGGAAAACAUCCGAAUCUUGUUGAGUAUUUCAUGGCCUGGGAAGAGGCCAGCGAGUUAUAUAUGGUCAUUGAAGCAUGCCAGGUUAGUCUUGCAGAUUAUGCAAGAAAAAAUGUUGUAAAAGAACCAUUACUGUGGGAUUCCCUACAUGAUACAUGUAAGGCUUUGGAAUACCUACAUGAUAAAUCUUUGAUCCACCUGGAUGUUAAACCUAGUAAUAUAAUGAUACAUGGUAUCACUUUCAAGUUAGCAGACUUCGGUACCUUAAUAGAUAUGAACUUGCCUCUUGACCGAGAAAAAUCAAUAAUAUCAGAAGGAGAUGCAAAAUAUUUGGCACAAGAAGUUCUCAGCGGAGUAUACACUCCUUCUUGUGAUAUAUUUGGAUUAGGAUUGUCUUUAUUAGAGUUAGUGUGUCACAUCGAACUGCCUGGUAGUGGUCCAGCAUGGCACGAACUCAGACAAAGAAAAUAUCCCCCCGAACUAAACGAAAGAGCUUCUGAUCCGUUAAGAAUAAUAAUUAAACGCAUGACAACAUUUCGGUAUCCUACAAGACCGUCAGCAAAGGAAAUAUUACAAUUCAGCUCCAUGAAAGAGGUAGUUAAAAGAUUUGAAGACGGACUUAGAAAUAUUUAUACUACAGAGAAUUUGGAUGACAUUAAUGAUGGACUUAUUACUGAAAAGUUAACGUGCCAAAAUUCCACUGAAAAUAAAGAGAACAUUUCGGAGUACUUAAAUUUGCCGUCAUGUUCUCACUCUGAAAUGACGGGCGAAAAGGAAGGUGGUUCCUUACACGUAAACACUACCCCAGAAAGCAAUUUUGAACUUCUUAGUUUUAUUCAUCAGGAUUCCAUGUUAGAACGAUCAAAAUCCUCCACAUGCCAUAUAGUUCCGAAGGUGUUAUUUAGUGGAGAAGAAUCCAACGCAGAGAGUGAAGAUUGCUGGACCAGUUCGUCAGCAAAUCCAGCUCAUCAUUUCACCGCAUCCAACGAAAUAUUGGCUGUGGAAUUAGAUGACGAAGAGAAUAAACAACGAGCAUUCCACAGCACACCAAUUUCUAAAUGUAGAUUAAAUAAGAUGUCCCUCACUUUUGAGGAAGAUAGUAGCCAAGCUGAUGACAUAUAACUUCUAAACUAACUAUUUAUUGUUUACCCCAGGAAAAGAAACAUUUAAUAAUCGAAAUAUCACUGGCCGCUAUUUUGCAACUCGAAUAUCUGGGGCAGGCACGUAUCUAGGAAAUGUGCUUGAGGGGGGUCCAAACACAACUCAAAUUUUUUGUUAGAUUAGACGGUAAGGUAUUGAAAAAAUAUUCAGAAUUAAUUUUAGAUCCAUAUGCAAAAUUUGAUUUAUGUAUAUAUCAUAUUAGUACUCUAGGGUUAAUAUUUUAAAAAUUGCAAUUUGUUAUUAUUUUCUCAUUUAAUUAAAAAAUAUUUUUAAAUUUAAAAUAUUUUAACCAUGUAAAACUUACAUUUUUAAAGAGCAAGAUAGAAUGUAAAAAAACGAAAUUCUAUAUUUUGUUAGUAGUCACUAACAUCAUCAGGGACGCUAAAAUGAUAUUAAAGAUGCAAUGGUGAAAUUAGGUAUUCAAAACAACUUACUAGGGUGAUAUUAUGACAUCUACAUACAUGACGACAAUCUCACCCUAGUAAGUUGUAUUUUUCACACCAUUGUAUUUUUAAUAUCAUUUUAGCGUCCCAUUUAGUGAGUACUAACGAAAUACAGGAUUUCGUAGAAAAAGUACACAUGGUCUUCUAUAAAAAGUAAAAGUUCAAGAAUUUGAAAUGCUGAUAGAAUAUUUUCGUUUUUGAUAAAUCUGAUGUUUAAAUUGGACAUAAGUUGUCCCGUACCUACACUGAAUAAAAACAGGAAUAGUCUAGUAAAAAAUAAUAAUUUAGUUUCACUUAAAAAAAAAAUAAAAAUAACUUGGGGAUCAACUUGCUGCCUUGAUACCAAAGCCGAGACAGUUUUGGAAGGUGUCCGGAUCCCAUGGACCCCUCCCUUGGCUACGUGCCUGAUCUGGAAAGUCAAUGGAAAAGGCGUACCAUCUCGUGGGUAUCGAAAGUUUUUCUGCGUCAUGGUUUUUAUUAACAUUUAAGCAAAAAUAAAUCGACUUUUUUCAUUCCUUUCAUUCCUACGGCUGUCACCGACUCUCCAUACCUAGCUUCCAAUUUUCUCACAAUCUUCAUCUAACUGCCUAAAAUCCAUUGCCACCUGAAUAUUGUCCCUCCAGCUUCUCCGUCGUCGUCCUCUUCUUCUUUUCUCCGGUGGGACCGACUCUAAUAUUUUUCUCGGCCAGCAAGCCAUUCUUUUAACGUGACCAACGAUGUCAGCUGUCUCUUUUCAAUAUCGCCUAUUAUAGUUUUUUCCACCUUCAUACUUUCUCUAAUUGUUUCAUUUCGUACUAAGUAGCUACUUUUUAUUUCUUACACUUAUGUCCCAAACUGCUGCACUGUAGAUUGUAGCGCUCUUCGUUAUACUUUCAUACAUUCUUCUCUUUGUUUCCUUCCUGAUAUCUUUGUCCCAUAAAAUUGAAUUGAGGGAUCUAGUGAUGUUUCUAAUAAUAAUUUCUUAUUGAUCCUGUGUUGUAUUUCAUCUUCACAUCCUUGUUUGUUAAAUAUUGCCCCCAGAUGUUUGCAUUGUUUCACACCAACAAUAUGACCUUGUUCCAAUGGUAGGUUUUCAAUGUCUUUGUUUCCCACUAUGAAGUAUUCUGACUUAUCCAUAUAUAUUACUAAUCCUGCCUGUUGGUAUUGUUCAUUCAGCUUCCGUAUCAUAUAGCUUAAGUCAUCUUAAUCUUGGUUUAUAACAACUUGGUCGUCCGCAAAGUAUAAUGUAAAUAGGGAGUCGUUUCCCACUUUCAGUUCCAUCGGUUUUACUGCUUUUGUACACCUCUGUAAGGAUUGGUCAAGGUAUAUUUUAAAGAGAGUGGGAGAUAGACAACAUCCUGGUCAGAGGCCUUUUGAAGUAUUAAAUGACACAGUGAAAUUUUUGCCAUUUUUGAUUCUGGUGUUAGUGGUCUCAUAUAACAUUUUAGUUGCUUGUUUGAACUUUCCAUCGAUACCGAUGUCUUUCGUUGACUUCCAUAGUUCUAUUGGGGACACUAUCAUAUGCUUUUUCUAGGUCGAUAAGAGCCAGGUGGGUUUCCUGAUUUCUCUGUAUUCUUUUUUCUAGUGUUAUUUUUAAAGUGAAAGAGAUUGUCUACCGUUGAACGUCCCGCACGAAAGCCAGAUUGUUCUUCAGCUUGCUUUCCUUGAAUUUCGUGUUUUAUUUCAUUUCUUAAUAUCGUGGAAUAUAAUCUUCCAAUCGUGCUGAUGACUGCGAUUCCCCUAUAGGUUUUGUGGUUAUUUUUUGGCCCCUUUCUUAUGUAUGGGAGUAAUAUCUGAUGUUAGCCAUUCAUCUGGUACUGGCUAAUCCAUUAUAUCUGGAAAUCUAUUAUAAAAAGUGUAUAUUAAAUCCCUUAAAGGGAUUGUGGCCCUUAAAGGGCCACAUCAAAAUCACAGAACGUUUUCGAUGUGAAAAGAUAAUCAUCAGUGCUGACACAGGUCUAUCACAUACUGAGCCACCAAUAAUACAUAGACAAUUUCAUUCAUCAGUUUAAAUUAUGCAUAAGGUAAACCUAUCAUAAUUUUAAUUAAAAGGGUUUUUGCCUACGUAUAAUUGGUGGCUCGGUAUGUGGUAAACCUGUAUCAGCCCUGAUGAUGAUCUUUUCAGGUCGAAAACGUUCUGUGAUUUUGAUGUAGCCCUUUAAGGGAUUUUAAUAUACAGUGAUGAGCGCGCUAAUAACAGGCAAAAUAACACAAAAGAUAAAAAACAU